GUUUGACAUUAAUCAACAGCGUCAGCAGAAGUCGCUUGAAAGCCUGCUCCAAAUGUUUUCUUAUGAUAAACCGGUUUUCAAAAAUUGUGAGUGAUAUUGUGACUAUAUUCUUCUUAAAAAUGACCCUUCUUCGAGCAGUUUUGGUGUUACUGUCCGUGUCGCUGUCGUCUCCGGUGAGGGUUUUACGUUUUCCCCCACUCAACUGUUCUCAACAGGGUUUGACAUGUACAGUCAGUACAAGUAACUGUAUGGACAGAACAUGGCUGAACGUUAAUGAAUACACUCCCAGCAGUCCAGAGGAGCUACAGGUGUCUGUGGACACCAGGCGGGAUGAAACAGGAAAUCUGCAACCUGUACUGAAUGCUACCUGGAAGCUAAAGGAUGAUGGCAGUAUCCGUGAUCUGAAAGCCAGUGAGCUUAAUGUUCUGGUGACGUCCACCAAUCAGAACCUGUGUGUUCGAUACUCUUUCAAACACCAACUCCCAAUGAGAAGCCCUUCAGGAGAAAAGUGGUCAUUCUCAGCUGACAUGGUGGUGUUAAACCCUGGUGAAGGAUACUGGGUCUCUGUCUUCAACAUCCCCAAACCAGAGUUGGAACACACCCCUUACGAUGUCAGCACUGAAGUCAAUGUUCCUGAUUGUCAAGAUCCCAAAAUGCAAAUGACCCAGUUUUGCAUAGAGAGAGGAAGUCUGUGGCAACCAAACAUCAGUCUUACUGCAGUCAGUGGAAGAUCUGCACUGGCUGUCAGCUUCAGUCCUGACCCACUGUGUGAGGAGUACAUAGUUAUUGUUAGCUGCUCCUCUUUCAGUCAAGUAGCCCGUACAUACAAGGCUGAUCAUAAGUUCCUGAAUGUAACAUUCAGCCGUGAUAAGUGGCAAAGAUCCUGCUGUCAGUUUGAUGUUGAGAUCAAACCUAUUUUCCAACCAUGUGGUCAGGACUGUACCCGAAAAAUAACAACUCAGGAUACUUGUCCUGUAAAUCCAACCAUCACUCCAGAUGUUCCUCCAUAUAUAUUUAUCGCCUUGGGAGUGGUGCCUAUGUGUGUAGUGAUGUCAGUUAUUAUGUAUAUUAAGACCAGGAAGCAAGGCAAAGGACAUCAUGAAAGAGAAUAUCUGCCACCGCCACAGCUUAAACAACCUCCCAAAGUGCUGGUCAUCUACUCCCAGGACCACUACCUGUACCGGGAUAUUGUGCUGAAGCUCUGUGCCUUCCUCCAGGCCAAGUGUGGCAUUAAAGUACUGGCAGAUAUGCUGGAUUCCACCUCUGUCAGCACGGUGGGUAUUAUCCGCUGGCUUGAGUUGCAACGACAACAGCUAAAAAAUCCAUCUGACAAAAUCCUGGUGUUGUGCUCACGGGGCGUCCAAGCAAAGUGGAGGGCCAUGUGCGGUCAAGAACAGGUGAUGCUGAAAGAAGAUUUCUCCCCCACAGAAGACAUACUCACCCCCUUUCUUAACACUUUCUUACCAGACAUGCAAAAGCCAAGAAUGCUGGGCAAAUACGUGGUGGCUUACUUUGAUGACAUAAGCAGUGAACAAGACGUGCCAUCAGUUUUUGAUAUUGCAGUCAAAUACAAGCUGAUGAAACAUUUUGAAGAGUUGUACUUCCGCAUUAUAGACAUUGAAAAGUAUCAGCCAGGUCAGGUAAACCAGAUCCCGGGCAUCAGUGGGGAUGAAUACUUCAAAUGUUCCUCGGGUAGAGACCUGAAGAAUGCCAUUGAAACCUUUAAGGCCUACCAGAUGGAAAAUCCAUAUUGGUUUGAGAAGGAGUGUGUGUCUAGUGAGGAGGAGGUCAUGAUGCAGGACAACCUGCUCAUUGACCAGCUGCAGAUCCCCCCAGUCCUAGAGUGUGUCCCUCUAAUUUUGGAUGGCCCUAAUGCCUACAUUCAUGAGGUAGAAAUUUCUGAAAAUUGCAGCUAUGUUCAAGUCGUUACACCUGAACUAAACCCAGAGCACCAGCUAUCAUCAGUGAUGGAACUUACACCACUAAUAAACCCUGAAUGUGAACAUGCCUAUCUAUCAAACCAGGAUGAAGGGUUAACAGAUCACCUGUAUCCUCUCAGCCCCUCAGACUCUGUCUACAUAGUUGAGCCUGUUUUGCACAAGCUGCCAACACCACAACAGGACUGGCUUUCCUUUGUGAAAGAACCCUUGAGUCAAAUUCUCACUGAGGAUGAUGAAGAGGAUUCAGUGCUGCUCAUGAGCCAACUCUCCACUCAUUCAGCCCUGAGAAACCCAGCCCUACUCAACUCCUUGGACUCAAGCCGUGCAGAAUCAUCCGCUGGAGGAUGUGCAAGCAUACAGAGUGAAUGUUUCCCCCAAUGUGAUAUCAGCCACUUCCAGUGUGUGAAGAUGGAGGAAGAUGACGUUCUGGCGCCCAGUGGAAAAGGUCCAAGCAGUGGGUCUGAUCAAGGCUACAUCUCCAAACUAUCCUCCCAGCAUGAACGACCUUUCAAAGAGGAUCCACUUGUGGCUCUGGCAAGGCUGCAGGAGGAGCUAUUUCAGCAGAAUCUCAGAUACUCUGACAUAGGUCCUGAAGGGAACUGAUGCUCAGUCCAAAGUCCACC